AUGAGCAUUGCUGCUCUUAUACUCACUGCUCUUCUGUUCGUGGCCGUCGAUUCUGCCGUUCGUGAUGAGAAGGUUGCUUCUCCUCCGUUUGGCGAGCCUUCCUUCAAGGGCGGGUUUUCUCUCUCCAUCAUCCACCGGAAUGCCCUGACGAGUCCACUUCGGGACUCCACUCUGACCACUUGGGAUCUGUUCAAGGAGGAGAUUCAACUGGCAUCGUCACAUGUGCCGGUUGAUGCAUUGGCCAGUGAGAAGAUAGUUGUGCCAUCCCAUUUCCGCCGUGGUCUUUACCUCGUGCCGCUCCGCAUCGGUGGAUCUCUCGACCGCAUCUCCUCGAGGUACCUCAUGUUUGACACAGGCAGUGAUCUAUCCUGGACGCAGUGCUAUCCUUGUACGGACUGUGCUCGGGGCCAUUUUCCCCCUUACAUGCCGUUCAAGUCUAGCACAUUUCGUAGUGUCUCUUGUGAUGAUCCACUCUGCGAGCAUGCCCCUGAUGCCUCUUGUGAUGAAUCAGGCAGCGGGAAGUGCAAAUUUUUUAGGAAAUAUGUGGAUGGGAGUAAGGCCUCGGGUUACCUAGCAUCUGAUAUUUUCCACUUCAGCUUGGAAGGCAACACUGACUACCACUUUGAGCCGGAAGUUGUCUUUGGCUGUGCCACGGCUGAGAAGUCCGUAUUUGUAAGGGAAUAUAACACCGGAAUUUUAUCUCUUGGUACCAGCAGCCUGUCAUUUGUAGCGCAAGUGCGUGUGGACAAAUUCUCUUACUGUGUUCCAGCUCCAGCAAGACGUGAUGAUGAUGAUCUAGCACUAAGCUACCUUAGAUUUGGUUCUCAAGCCCGGAUCUCAGGGAAGAGGAUUCCAUUCUGGAGUUACAACAAUAAGUACUAUGUCCAACUGAAGAGGGUGACAUAUCAGCAUGGAAAUCGCUUAAGUCAGCAGCAACCUGUACCCAUAUAUCCUGGAGAUGGAGGAGCUGAAGGGAGCACACUUUAUAUGCUGGUGGACUCGGGAACCAUCGGGCUUUGGCUUCCCGAAUCUAUAUUUUACCCUCUGCAGAAGAAAAUCGACACUGAUAUUUCUCUGAUCAGGGUGCGCUUCUCUGACAAUCCUAACGCCUAUUGCUACAGAGGGACUAUGAAGGAUGUUGAGGAAGUGGCUGUGACAUUGGGAUUUGUCGGAGGGGCGGAGAUGGAGCUGUUCGGCGACUCACUCUUCUUUGAAUACAACAAUUCGGAAUGGAUUUGCCUGGGGUUUACUCCAAGCAAUACCACAGCUCUAGGCAUAUAUGCCCAGCGUAACACUAACAUGGGGUUCGAUUUAUCGGAAAGGGAGAUAUCAAUCGAUCAAGCUGCUGGUUGCGUUUCAUAA